AAGAGUAGUAUGGGUAGUGUGAUUGAAUCCCACGUAGACUCUAAAGGACAUUGAGGGGGACAAAACAGAACUUGGAAACGCCGUUCAACAUGGAAGACAAAGAACAAGAGGAUACAUGCAGUAUAUACUCGAUCGCUGUGCCAUCUGGAAGUGAGAUUAAGGCUCGUGUGCAACAUUUCAUAGAGGACCAGUUCCAGAGUACCAUGUGGACUGGUUUGCUUAUUGGAGCUGCUGUUGCAAUUUCAUUCAUCAGUAUUGUUGUCUUUUUUCUGCACAGAAGAUACAAAUCCAGAGAAGAGCAAAAUGAAGGCCCUAAAUAUCGUUUCCGAAAAAGAGACAAAGUAAUGUUUUAUGGCAGGAAGAUUAUGAGGAAGGUACAGACCUUGUCCUCACCAGCCACUUCAGGUCCAGUAUCUCAGAAACGAACCCGAAAAAGAACAAAAGUCCUGUCAAUAGCUCGCAAAAUCCUGCGUAUUCGAAAGGAGCCACCGACCCUGGAGCCAAAAGAGCCUCCCCCUUCACUUCUGGAAGCAGAUCUAACUGAAUUUGACAUGCAGAAUUCUCACUUGCCUUCUGAGGUCCUGUACAUGCUGAAAAAUGUGAGAGUUCUAGGUCAUUUUGAGAAUUCUCUGUUCUUGGAACUGUGUCGACACAUGGUUUUUGUGCAACUGCAGCAGGGGGAAGGAUUAUUUCGCCCAGGAGACAUCGAUGACAGCAUCUUUGUGGUUCAGCAUGGGCGUCUUGAUCUGUGUAUCCAUGAACAUGAUGGAAAAGAGGUGGUAGUGAAGCACGUUUUGCCUGGAGACAGUGUUCACAGUCUUCUCAGUAUCCUCGAUGUCAUCACUGGUCAUCCAGCCCCAUAUAAAACGGUUUCAGCUAGGGCAGCAGCCCCGACCACUGUUCUCCGCCUCCCAGCACAGGCUUUCCAAUCCGUCUUUGAGAAAUACCCAGAGACACUGGUCCGGGUUACUCAGAUUAUCAUGGUGCGUCUUCAGAGAGUUACUUUUCUUGCCCUUCACAACUAUCUCGGCCUGACCACAGAACUUUUCAAUCCGGAAAGUCAAGCUGUUCCUCUGGCAUCAGUGGUCGGUGUUGUAGGAGAAGCCAGUCCUGGCAAAGGAUUGCGUAGACAAUCUCAGACAGUUGAGGAUUUAACCUACAAAGUUCCUCAAAAGCCCUCAGACCAUUCUAGUGACACAGGUCAGAUGCACAGAAUCACAGGAGAGGCUGGGUCUUCUGACCACAAUAUAAAAGAAAAUGUCCCUACAAGUCCUGUUGUCAUUCAUAAGUCUAUUCGGAAGAAGUCUGUGACGAUGCAGCAUUCUCCCUCAGCUGUGUUCCACUACUCAGAUGCUGGGGGUCACUCUAGCCACAUCCACCACUGUAAAGUGAAUGCCAUUUUCCAAGCUGCCAAGAAGGACUUUCUCAAGAUUAUUCAGCUUCAGGACCCCAGUCUUCUAGAAGAUAGAGUUACUCUGAGGCAAGUUAAGGCGGGAUCUCUGGUAGCAAGCGAGGGAGAUCAGGAUGUGAGCAUGCAGUUUGUGAUCUCGGGAACUCUUCAUGUGUACCAGAGACUGAUUGACAGAGAAGAUGAGACGUGUCUUUUUGUGACUCACCCUGGAGACAUAGUGGGUCACCUGGCCGUUCUCACAGGAGAGCCACUCAUCUUCUCUGUGCGUGCCCACAGAGACUGCUGCUUCCUGUCCAUCUCCAAAACACACUUCUAUGAGAUCAUGCGUGUUGAGCCUCGGGUGGUGUUAAAUGUAGCUCACACGGUGGUACGGAGGGUCUCCUCCUUUGUCCGACAGAUUGACUUUGCCCUUGACUGGAUGGCAGUGGAGGCUGGCCGUGCUGUCUACAGACAAGGAGAUAAUUCAGAUAGCACUUUCAUUGUUCUGAGUGGCCGCCUGCGCUCUGUCAUCAUGAAAGAUGAUGGAAAAAAAGAGCUCGCUGGAGAGUAUGGGCGGGGAGAUCUCAUCGGUGUGGUGGAAGCUUUGACUCAUAUGAAUAGAGCUACUACAGUUCACGCAGUCCGAGACUCUGAAUUGGCCAAACUGCCUGAGGGAGCUCUCAACUCCAUUAAGAGGAAAUAUCCACAGGUUGUGACUCGUCUGAUCCAUCUUCUUGGGCAGAAAAUCUUGGGAAACAUGCAACAGGUUAAUGGUCCACUCUCAGUUCGCAGUUUAGGGUUUAAUACUCCGACCAGUAAGUGGGCUGCAGGUAAUCCAGCCUCCAACCUGUCUACUGUUGCCAUUCUGCCAGUGUCUGAAGAGGUGCCUUUGACUGCCUUUACCCUAGAGUUACAGCAUGCUGUUAGUGCUAUUGGCCCCACUUCGCUUCUAACCAGUGACAUCAUUAGACAACACCUGGGUGUCGCAGCCUUGGACAGUGUUCACGAGUACCGUUUGUCCAGUUGGCUUGGCCAACAAGAGGACAUCCACCGAAUUGUCCUGUAUCAAUCAGACAGUUCUCUGACUCCUUGGACUCAGCGCUGCAUCAGACAGGCUGACUACAUCAUCAUAGUGGGUCUGGGGGAACAAGAGCCCACUGUGGGAGAGUUGGAGCGUAUGCUGGAGAGCAGUGCAGUGAGAGCUCAGAAGCAGCUGGUUCUGUUGCACCGUGAGGAUGGGCCACCACCCACAGGAACAGCUGAAUGGCUCAACAUGCGCAGCUGGAUCUCCAGACAUCAGCACCUGUCAUGCCCUCACAGGGUCUUCUCCAGGAGGAGUCUACCCAAACUGAGAGAGAUGUAUCAACGGGUAUUUGAAAAACCUCCUGACCGUCAUUCUGACUUCUCACGCCUGGCUCGGAUCCUGACAGGCAACGCAAUCGCUUUGGUGUUGGGAGGUGGAGGGGCAAGAGGCUGCUCUCAGGUGGGCAUCAUUCGGGCACUGAGUGAAGCAGGCAUCCCUGUGGAUCUGAUUGGUGGCACCUCCAUCGGUUCCCUGAUAGGGGCGCUCUAUGCUGAAGAGCGAAGCGUGAGUCGUCUGACAGUCAGGGCACGCCAGUGGGCCAUGGACUUUGGAUCUGUUUUUAAGAAAAUCACAGACUUGACCUACCCAGUGACGUCCAUGUUUACUGGAACAUCAUUUAACUCCAGCAUCAGUGGCAUCCUCAAGGACAAACAGAUUGAGGAUCUUUGGAUCCCAUAUUUCAACAUCACCACAGACAUCACCGCCUCUUCCAUGAGAGUGCACACUGAUGGCUCUCUGUGGAGGUAUGUUCGUGCUAGUAUGUCUCUUUCUGGGUACCUUCCUCCUCUUUGUGACCCUAAAGAUGGACACUUACUAAUGGAUGGCGGAUACAUCAAUAAUCUACCUGCUGACAUAGCUCGCUCAAUGGGUGCCAAGAUGGUGAUUGCCAUAGAUGUUGGCAGUCAAGAUGAAACUGAUCUUACCAAUUAUGGAGACUCUUUGUCUGGAUGGUGGCUGCUAUGGAAACGCUUGAACCCUCUGACAGAGAGAGUAAAGGUGUUGAACAUGGCAGAGAUUCAAACCCGUCUGGCCUACGUGUGCUCUGUGCGUCAGCUGGAGUUAGUAAAAGACAGCGACUACUGCGAGUACCUGCGACCACCCAUAGAUCACUAUGGCACACUUGAUUUUGGCAAAUUUGAUGAGAUUGCUGACGUUGGCUACCAGCAUGGAAAGACUGUGUUUGAUGUGUGGUGCCGGAGUGGAGUGAGGGAGAAGAUUCUCAAAGAUCAACAUCAUGAGGAAUUCUACAAAACCAAAACCAAUGUGGUGACUUGUCCCAAUGCUUCUUUCACUGACCUGGCAGAAAUAGUGUCCAGAAUAGAACCAGUGAAGCAGGCCCUUGUGGAUGAGGAGUCUGAGUACCAGACAGACUAUGAUGAGGAUGCAGUGCUGUCAGACUUUGAUCUGUCCAACCCGAACACUGAAGAAGAAGAAGAAGAAGAAGAAGAAGAAGAGGAGGAGGAUGAGACAGCAGAUACGGCUGAUACAGAGGAUGAAAUGGAGAUCAGGCACAGGAGGCAUCGAGCACACAACCACGCCAGCCACCUCACCUGACCUCAGAUACCUCGUCCAAAAUUUUUGUUAGAAGUUUUUUUAGUUAGAAUGGGCUCAUGUGAGGGGAUUUUAACAAGUUAUGUUCAAAACUGGAAUCGUCUUGCUUAAGUUUUUUAAAAAAAGGGUCUCUUAACAGAAAAGGGGAGAGUAUUGUGGUGAAUCUUCUUAAUUUAUUCCUCAAAUAGUGAUAAACGAGUCUGAGAUUGUGGUCUUACUACAUGUUGAGCCAUAGAGAAGCUGGUACCUUCACGUGUUCGUCCUCAACACUGGAUUCUAUCUCUGAGUUCAGUAAUAUUGAUCACAAAGUGCUUUUACUUUUGAUAUUACAGAAGGUCAAUAAUUGAAACUAUCAAUGCAAUUUUAACACAAUUUCACUGUGUGAAAAGAUAAGCUGUUUUUGUAUCUUAACGGUUAACUGUGAAGAAGAUGCGAAUAAGCUGUGACGUAAGAAGGCUGUAUUUUUGAUGUUAAAAAGUUGUCUAAUCUGUUUAGAACAUAACAUUAGUAUCAUGAGUAAAUUAAAGAUUGAAUAAAUUACCGGUCUCCUGCACUAUGUCAUUGUUAUAUUUGGCUCAUUAAAAGUAAAUAGAUGUGUGAAUCCUUAGUUCACUGUUUAAUACUGGAUCUCUGGAUCCUUUAAGUGAGGCACUAUCCACCGCUAUUGUGGAGAAGAUUGUCUGAUAUUCAUUAAAACAUCUCCUUUUGUAUUCUGCAUAAGAAAGUAAGUCAGACGGGUUUGGAGCGCAUGAGGGUGACCAAAUUAUGACAGAAUUUUCAUUAUUGUGAGAACUAUUCCUUUAAAUGUGUUUAGCAAAAUGUAUUAUAAUGUCUAUUUUUUUGCAGAUUGUAUUAAAGGCAUAAUUUAUUUUAUAUUAUCUUAAAUUUACAGUAGCUGCAAGGAC